AUGCGUCUUCCAAACAUACUUCUCACUAUACUCGCUACUACGAGUGCAGUCGUUGCCGUGCACGUCUGCAAAGAAACAGACAGUUGCAGAAAUAAAAAUAGUUUCAGGAAAGGCAUUGAGGGAUACUACGACUUGGAUAACGUUACGGUUGCACUGCAUAGUGGAUACAUCACAUGCUUUACACAUGAAACUGCACUCAACCGGACCGACUUGGAAGCUGCGAAGGCUUCACAGAUGAAAACCUGCGACGGGCACAACACAUAUAGUGGAGCUUGGCAGAUGUCCAUCAGUGGCAAAGCUAGGACUUAUGUUUGUAACGUUGGCAGUGAACAGACAUGCCACCCGGAGGACCUCAAAGUGAUGCACAAGAAGCUGGAUGAACAUUGCAAAGAUUUCCCCGGAGUUUUUAGUAUCAAGAAGUGGCGUGUGCGAUACGGCCGAAACAACCUUGGAAAAUUGCAAUGCCCUGGGAAAGCUACUGAGUUCGACGAUAUUCCAGGGAAUAUCUAA